UAAUACAACCUUAUUGUAAAGUGUUACCCUAUCAGUUAUAGUUUACCCUAUUCACCUGUAAUUGAGAUCUCACUGUGACAUAAAUUAUAUAGAUCAGUCAAGCUGUUUGCUUGUUAAUCCAUCAGAUGUCACUGUCAAAUGAAGCCUGUGUGGAGCAUUAGUUUCUCUCUCUCAGAGGAAGUGGGCGUCUCUGUCACAUUCAUCAGUUCAUGUUAAACAUGUAACCAGGAAAGAAACACUAAAACUCAUCUGAACACACUUCGAGAGCUUCAGAAGAACUUAAUCUACAACAACAGAGAAGAUCAUUGAAUAAGAGAGAAGAAUGAAGAUCAUCUGGACUUUCACUCUGCUGAUGAUUCCUGAUGUGGUGAGCUCCAUGAGUGUGGCUGGAUAUUCAGGAGGUGAAGUCAACAUUAGAUGCAAAUAUGUGGAGAAAUAUACCCAAAACACAAAGUUUUUUUGUAGAGGAAAGAAGCCAGAGAAAGUAAAGCGCGAGUGGUGUUCUGAACUCAUCAAGACUGAAGAGAAAGAUAAAUGGUUUGAUUCUGGAAGAUUCUCUCUGUAUGACGACACAACAGCAGCAGUUUUCACUGUGACCUUCAGAAAUCUGAGUGAUCUGGAUUCAGGGACGUACCAGUGUGCAGUUGAUAGAACUACAGAAAAAGAUUCCUACAUUGAAGUGAAUCUGAACGUUAUAAAAGGUGAGUAA